CGUCCGUAAAACAAAGAUAUACCAUACCCCGAAAACCCAGUCGAUCUAGAUGCCAAAGGAGUAUGUCUGCCCGGAGUCUGGUUGUGGGAAAUCGUUCCUUCGAUCCUCACACCUAUCCCGACAUCGUCUGAAUCACCGGCCUACUGAGAUAUUCCAGUGUUCAUCAUGCCCAAAGAAAUUCGUCAGAAGAGAUCUUUUCAAAAGACAUGAACAGCGCCAUGAGGCGGGUAUGUGGUGUAGAAAUUGUGGGGGCUAUCAUAGCUCGAGACAAACGUGCGAUGACCCCCAGAGACAUCAGACCAGCCAAAUACCAGAGUCCAUGUCAAUGGACAGCGUGGAAGAUGCGAACUUGAGGGGUACUCCGAGUGAUCCUCAAUCUGAUCCCGACAACACAGGUUAUGGGGAUACCGACAAUGCCGGUGAUGAAGCUAGUGAUAAGGAUGACCAUCAUAUCAGUGAUCGCCAGCCAAACUACGAUAUAGGAGACUCUAUUCCUGAAGAGCAAGUGAGGUGGUUGUUCUACGAUCCUUGUACCAACAUUCAUGCUCCAUGCGUGGAUUUUGAGUCUCUGUUCGAGAACACCUCAGCAGACUCCAAUUCCGUUGCCAACGGGAAUUCUGUCUCACUGUCACCGCAAAGCAGUAUAUCCGGAGAGGAUAUCUCAGCACCUUCCUUUGCCGUACAACCUCCUCACGUUGACUUACCAGCCUCACCUAACUCUUCAACAUCGUCGUCAUGGAUCACCGUACGAAAAAAUCUUCUAGUGGCGUUGAACACUCUGACUCCAGAUAUCCUGACAUCGUCUUUUUUCUACCCACUAAAUCUAUGUCAUUUCUACGACCUUUAUUUUCUCAACUAUCAUCCGCAUUUUCCUAUACUACAUCCGUCUACCUUGGAUCCGGCGACCGCACCUCCUUUGCUGAUUGCGGCCAUUGUAACUUUGGGCUCGACCUUAUCAGAUGAUGACGAGCAUUUUCGAACGUCGAUAAAUAUCCAUGACUCUUUACGCUACAUGGUCUUUAACACUCGAGAUUUUGGACCCCCUGCAUCGCUCUGGUGUCUUCAGACGCUGCUCCUAAUCCAAACACAUGAGAUGAUGUUUUCGACAAGGAAACACCAUCAACUUUCUCAUGUAUUCCACGGAGCUCUAAUCACGCUUAUGAAGCAAGGAGUGACAUACUCGCCAUUGCAGACUCGGUCUUGUAGUGGCGAUAUUACCACCCAGGAACAAUCGUGGCAUUGGUGGAUUGAAGCACAAUCUUCGUACAGGACUGCAUUCUUUGGUUUUGUCAUGGAUGCACAGCAUAGCUUUAUGUUUGGACGCAGUUGCGUCUUAUCUGUCCACGACGUGCAGCUGCUAUUGCCUUGUGCAGAUAGCCUCUGGGAGUGUAAAAGUGCCCAGGAAUGGCAUCGGGCCAUGCAGAAGACGCCAAAAUCACCUGGUUUCCUUCCGGUUCUGAAGGGACUCUUGGGAGGCACCCCGAUCCAUAGCAACUGCAGCCCUUAUGCACGGCUGAUCCUCUUACAUGGAUUGUUCAGCGUAGCAGAUCACCUCAAGGCCAGGGAGUUGGCUGCGCUAGGAGUCGGGCAACACUCGUUGGAGAGUUCGGCCCGCCUGGGCCCCAUUGACACACGGAAAGAUACUUUAAAGAAAGCACUGGACACUUGGUCGUUCUCGCUUGUCUCCCGGAGCUCGUCCUUAGCCCUCGAAGCGUCGAAACCGUUGUAUCACAUGGCUUACGUGGCUAUUUUCACCAAUAUGGCAGACAUUCACAUCCUAGCAGGGGCCCCAUCACUAUCAGGCAGUCUGCUGUCGGACAGCGAACGGUUUCAAGCGAUUGGGCGCCUACUGUCCUGGAGCCUGAAGCAGGAGUCAAAGAAGGCUAUUUAUCACUGCCUGCUACUCAUUCAAGAACUCAUGUUUACAGGACAACAAUACCGUGCCAGGACAGAUAACAUCCCUUUGCGUCCGUGGUCUUUGUACCAAGCCACGCUAGUUCUUUGGGUGUAUGGAUUUAUGGUACACGACAGGGGAUUAUGGCAGAAGAGGCGAUCAUCAUGCAGCGCAGAAGAGUAUCUGGUCCAUAUGAUUAUGCUUCUUCGUGAUAAUUCGGACGAGAUUAGGAAGGUGACAUGGCAGACCCGAGAGCUGAUACGAGCCGUCCAGGCCAGUCUAGAAGGAUGCCGAUGGGAACUACUACGGGAAGCUCAUGGAACACUUGGCAAGCUUAUUGAAAAGGAAGCGUGAG